GGGGGGGCGUUUGGGGAGAAAGUCACAUAAGGUUCCAGACGAGGUGUAAUAAAUCAAUUCUCAAUCCAUUUAAAAAAGGUUAGGCUCAUUAAUACAGAAAUAGAGAUUUGUCUUCACUAAGAGGGUUCAAGGGUUUGGCUUUCGAUACCCCACAUAUUUAAUGCAUAGAGAUUUCUAGACAUUAAUAUCUUAUAUCUAGACAAUCUUCUUCUUGCGUAUGGCUUGCACAGCCUAAAGUUGUAAGACAACUUGUUCUGUCUGAUCUUCUGUUUGUGCAUGGCAGGUUAAUUGAAUUUGUUGAAGCAGGGUGGACCACGUGAAGGUUGCAAUCUCCCAACCCAUCUAGAUAAUAAAGGAUCUAGAGAGGUGCAGCACAGCAAUGUGUGGUGAUGUGAUUAAAGUGAACACAGGGCAGGUUUAUGUUUUCUCAGUGGAGAUACGAGACGAUAGAUGCUGGAAUCAUUGCUCAGCUGCUCACUCUGACCUGCUGGCAUGUUGUACUUUGACCUUCUCAUUACAUAUCUUUCUCUAUUAUCUUGUUCAUUCCCAUAAAUGGACUGACUGCAGUUUGUUUCAGUUUCACAGAUAGGUAGUACUGUUCUACUGUUUUUUCUCUCUCCACACCCACACCGGGUGAAUGAGGCUGCGGUCUGGUCUCCGGUUCCUGACCUCUUCGAUCCUGGCUUCUGGCACGGAGUGGGUUCAGUGCCCCCGGUCUCAGCGUCGUAGACAUGAAAAAUUCACUCGCGUGGAUUUGGUGAGCAGACAUGUUGCUGCUCGUUCGUUUUCUUCCACUGCUGCUUGCACUGGGUGUGUUCUUGGCAAAAGUGAAAGCCAGAGACGUGCUUGGUGUCCUUGGCUCAUCAAUUUUACUGGAUCCUGAACUCAAAGUUGAUCCCAACAAGAAUGAAAUUACUUGGACCUUCAUUAGCAGGAGCAUUUUACAUCACGUCCCAGGCCACCCCACGAUGGAACCAAGUAUAUGGUUCAAGUCUCGUUUGCAAUAUAAUAUUUCUAGCGGUACUCUGAUGGUGAAUAGAUUGAAACAUGGUGACCAAGGAGGUUACACCUUCGCUAUAGAUGGAAAAGUGUGGAGAAUAAUCCAACUGCUGGUCUUCGAUAAUCUGACAGAAGCUUCCAUUUUGCCCAACACCAAAUCACUGGGGUUCACUGUCCAGCUCACCUGUGAGGUCAGUGGAGAUCAUAUUGAGUAUCAGUGGCAAAAAGAUGGAGGAGAGGUCUCACAUCAUCACUGGCUAAUGGAUGGAAACAGGACCCUGGUCAUCCCAAGCGCAUCGAUUGAUGAUUGUGGAAUGUACACCUGUGUUGCAACUAAUCCCGUCAGCUCCAUCCAGGCAAAUUACACCUUAAUUCUUCAAGGCCUUUCGCUCAAGGAAGUUGUACUUGUCGCAGCAUCAACUGCAGGACUGGUGCUCUCUUCAGCAUCUCUUCAUCCAGCUAUGUUUCCGGACCAGUGGAGAUGGAAAACACUUGGAGCACUUCUGAAAAUUAAAUUUUAUUUUUUGAGCCUAUCUUUCAGUAAUACCGUGUUUUUUAUUGUCAUCUACAUUACCUUCGCCUACUGGAUUUUAUUUAAAGGUCUUUCACCAUUGGAUGUCGUGGUUAUUAUUUCAUUGAUCACAGGACUGCGGCUUUCUUCAGCAUUUGUAAAUCAGCCCCACAACACGAGUUCAGAUAAAGAAUCCCAGAGAACAGGACUAUUUGUGAAAUUGCUGUCCAUCUGUAAAGCAGUUCUUUUCAAUUGUAUCAUCCUUACUUUCGCUGUGAACACUGUGAUGACAGGUUUGUGCUCAAAUAUUAUUAUUAGCAUAAAUCAUUAACUCAAUACACUGCAAUGUUUGGACUAGAAUUGGCGUCUCAACAAAUUGGUUUCAAGUCCGAGGUAUG